AUGGAGGCAAGGCCUUUUUAUUUUACCGUUCAUUCUGCUAGCAACCUUGUCGAUGUUCGAAAUUUUGGGGAAAUGAAAGUUUACGCGAAGGUUUCAAUAGCAGGACAGAGCGAGUGUACGGAAGUGGAUCUUGUGAACAAGACGAAUCCUGAGUGGAAUACCACUCUUUGCUUCUUCGUGCUCGAGGAAGACAUUGUACAAGAGGAAGUUCCUGCUGUCAUUGAAUUGUUUUGUCGAAGGAGUCUCUCACACGAUAAAUAUAUUGGUGAGUUAAACCUCACUCUACGUCCUUUCUAUAAAGGAGAAUGUAAUUUUGAAGUGAGUAGGAAUGAUUCAAAUCAGAACAAAAGUUUUGGAACUUUGAAGUUUUCGCUUGAAUUAGGAGAUAAAGUACUCGUAACUUCAGUGGCGGACCCAGAAUUUUGA